UCAAUAGUUACGAUAGAUUGAUUACAUUAGUAACAUUGUCUCGAGAAAAUAAAUGUCUUUUACUUUAACUAGAUCUAUCUCACUGAUAUGCAUCUAUAGAAAGAAAAACAUAAUUUUAAAAUGUGAUCAACUAGAUCUAGAUCACAAAUUAUGUUUAGCUUAAAUAAUAAAGAUUACACAAAAAAUAAAAUAUAUAUGUAUAAUAAACUAAAGCUGAAGACUUUAGUGAAGUCGAAGUCCGACGAAGUCUAUACUUAACUUAAUACUUAUUUACUAAUCUAGAUCCAUAGACGAUUUGUAAUAGUUAAAUAGAUCUAAUACUACACUAUAGACAGUAUAAUAUAAAAUCUAAAUUAUCUAAAUCUAAGUUAUAAGACUAACUUCACUAAGUAGAUCUAUAUUAUAAUAACCGCUCCUUAUUAAAUAAAGAAUCGUCUAUUGUAUUUACUGUUUCUAUUCAUAAUUGUAAUGAUAGUAAAGUAAUGUCACAUUCAAAACUAAAAAACAUCAGACCGCUAGGAUCUAUUCGAAGUAAAAUACAAUUUGUUGAGAAAAAUACAUUUUCCAUUCCGAAUUGGAAUAGAACAGAACCUGAUAAAAUCAAAGGUGUGCUGGGAAGUGCUAUCACCAUUUCAACCCAACUAGCAGAUAGUCAAAAAGAUAUAGACAAAAUAUCUGAACAUCAUAAAUAUUCAGAAGACUCUAGAAGCCCACAAAAUAAUUCAACACUGUCAAAUUCCAAAGAAAAUGAAAUAUCGCAUGAAGCUUGUAAGAAAGAAAUUCAAACGUUUUUAAAAAAUGAAAGAUAUUUAAAAGAGCAGCUUGAGACUCUUCAAUUACAGAAUGAAGAGAAAGAAACUCAAAUCAAAAAGAUGGAAGAACACUAUGAAAUGUUGCAGAAACAAUUAAAGGACCAGGAAGAGUAUCUGAAGAAUGAGCUGAUGAAUGAGAAACAAUUUCAUCUAUCUACACAAAUGUGUCUUGAAGAUGCCAAGAAAGAAAUGCAACAGAUUAAAGAAAGUCUUGUUCAAAAGCUUGAAGAUCAGAAAGAAGAAAUGAACAAACAAAUUAGGACAUUAGAAUUAAGUUUGACUGAAAAAGAUUCAAUUAUCAGUGAUAGAGAGCAGAAACUAACCAAGCUGAAGACACAGAUGGCAGAUGUUCUGAAAGGAAAUUCUUGGGAGCGCCAGCAGCAAUUAGAAGAAUUAACUAAAGAACUAGCACGAAUUCAAAAAGAAUAUGACACUUUACAAAUGAAGUAUAAGACUCUGUGCAGGCGGCAACAGAGUCCAGAGAAAUCUGUCCCUAAAAUCUGACAGUAAAAAGACAAGCCAAACCAUGACCCAAGUUGAUAGGACUUUACACUGCCUUUCAAACACAAUGUAUUAUAUGUUAUUCAAUGAUUCAUUUCAUGGAAAGGUUUUAUUCUAAUGCAAUAAAUUGAAUAUUAUUAUUA